GCUAUGUUUAGAAUGGGGGAGUCAAACAAACAGCUGGCGCUCCCGUUUCCUAACUCAUGCUGCGGCUCCUGUGUUAUUUUAGGAGUAUGUCAGACUCUAGUGGUAGAUGACCACUUAACUGUAUUCUGUCCUAUGAGUCACAGCUGUUAAUCGCUGUGACUCAUGUGUGGAUGUGAGUCGUAGUGAGGUUUAAUCCUAAGCCGCUUGUGUCCACCGGCAGAUGCAGUCAGAGCACGUCUGCACUGAGCUAAUAGGAAAUGGAAGAAUCACAGUCGUGAGCCCUUCGUCACAGCGUGGCCGGAAAAAGCUGUACACAUAGAGAAGAAGAAGGAGAUUUUUGAAGACAGGAGGAGAAUGAAAGACAAGUAACGCAAGCAGGUACAGCUGGAACUGCUCUGUUUUAGAGUCUGUGUGUGUAUUAAGUCGGAACCAAAAUAUAUUUAGUCACUAAUCUUGAGUGAACAUUGUAAAAACUUCUUAUUGCAUUUUUACCAGGUUGCAAAAUGCAAGGCCAAACAUCUGAGCCUCCCAAAUGAAGGAAUGUGUGUCUCAGUGACAACAGCAAAGGGUCAUGGGAUGCGGCGUGGGAAAAUCAGAGCCACGGCCGGAUAAAUGUGACCAAGUGAGCAUCUCGGUUCCAGGUGAAUUCCUGUUUUUAUUUAAUCACAUUUUCAUGCUUUGCCCGUGGAAACGUCUCAGUUGACAGUGUUUGACCGUCUUUACUGUGUUGUGUGCUGCUCUGUGAAGCUGCCACCGGUGAGUCCUUCGGCCCAGAACCAACUGGAUGUUCGGACCUGUUUUUACUGCCUACUCAACCCUGUCCGCCUCCAGCCAUCAGAGCCGCUCUGCUGAUCCAGCGCUGGUACCGUCAAUAUGUGGCGCGACUGGAGAUGAGGCGCAGGUGCACGUGGAACAUCUUCCAGUCCAUCGAAUAUGCCGGAGAACAAGAUCAGAUCAAGGGAAUCUGAUCUCUCACAUCUUUCACGAGAAUGAAACGUGCCGCGACGUCGAAUGGGAGACGUGCGUCUGCUACCAGAGCGUCGAGGUUCCCGACAGCUACGGCGGCCCCCGUCCGACCUUCCCCAUGAGCUUCUGCGGCGUGUCGGGGCUGCUGGAGGCCUUCAAGCGAAAACAACAGCUCCACGCUCGGUACGUGCUGCAGCUCCUCGGAGAAACCUGGAGGCUCCUCAGGGUGCUUCCCAAUAUCAACCACGUCGCCGCCCGCCGCUCCAGGGAGAUCACCAUAUGUGGGGACUUGCACGGGCAGCUUGAGGACCUAUUGCUGAUCUUCUACAAGAACGGUUUGCCGUCCUCAGAGAAACCGUACGUCUUCAACGGGGACUACGUGGACCGUGGGAAAAGCUCCCUGGAGAUCCUGCUCAUCCUGUUCGGCUUCCUGCUGGUCUAUCCCAACGACGUCCAUCUGAACAGGGGGAACCACGAGGACCACAUUGUUAACCUGAGGUAUGGUUUCACUAAAGAGGUUCUGGCAAAGUACAGGGUGCAUGGCAAGAAGAUCCUGAAGCUGCUUCAGAAGAUCUUCAGCUGGCUGCCGUUGGCCACGGUGAUCGAUCACAAGGUGCUCGUCGUGCAUGGAGGGAUCUCUGGCGACACCGACCUCCACACCAUAGCCAGAAUGGACAGACACAGAUAUGUUUCGGCCCUCAGGCCGUCUAAAACGACCCGGCACGUAUUCAGAGGCUGCAACAACCCGGCAGCGAACAGCAGGGAUGGUUCUGACGGUCGACGCCGAGCGUGGUCUUUGACUCACCGCAGCUCUGCACCGGGUCACAAACACAGUCAACGCAGCUGGUCGGUGGAGGAGGAGCUCAAGAGGAGGCGCAGACUCGCUGGGUUCGACCAGUCCUACGGAGACCUAAAAAAGGCUGACUGGGACUCAGACCCAGACUCUGGGGAGACUAUGGAGACAGAUGAGCACGAGUGGAAACAAAUAGUGGAUUUGCUGUGGAGUGACCCAAUGCCCCAAAACGGCUGCAUUGCCAAUGAGGUGAGAGGCGGGGGCUGUUACUGGGGGCCGGACGUCACCGACGACGUGCUGGGAAGACACAACCUCCAGCUCCUCAUCCGUUCCCACGAGUGCAAACAGGAUGGAUACGAGAUCUGCCACAACCGCAAAGUGGUGACCAUCUUCUCAGCGUCUAACUACUAUGAGGUGGGCAGCAAUAGAGGAGCCUACAUACGCAUGGGUCAGGAUCUGGUCCCGCACUUCAUUCAGUACCAGGCCAGUCACACUUGCAGGGCGCUGUCCCUGAGGCAGAGUGUUGGAUGGACAGAGAGAUCCGCUCUGCGAGCUCUGAGGGAACAGCUGUUCGUGCACAAGUCCGAUCUCAUCGCCGCCUUCCAGGAGUUCGAUCCCGACAGCACAGGGACCAUCUCUCUAAGCCACUGGGCCAGUGCCGCUGAGAGCGUCCUGCAGCUGGGCCUGCCCUGGAGGGUGCUGCGCUCUCAGCUCGUCGGCAACACGCAGCACGGAGCGGUGGACUACCAGCAGUGGAUCAGGGAACUCUCCAUCACGGAGCCCCAGCUACAGAUCUCCGACACCAGUAUUCUAGAGACAAUGUACAAAAACCACUCCAACCUGGAAACCAUCUUCCGGAUUAUUGACACAGACCACUCAGGUCUAAUCUCUUUCGAGGAGUUUCGUCAGACCUGGAAGCUCCUGAGCUCCCAUCUCAAGACCGAGAUCAGUGAAAAGGCCAUUGCAGACCUGGCUCAGAGCAUCGACUUCAACAAGGACGGAAGCAUCGACAUAAACGAGUUCCUGGAGGCUUUCCGGCUGGUAGAACUCUGUGCACACACCUGAGGACUACAACCAGUCAUCGUAGCUGUACAUGCUGCAUAGAACAAGUAAAACUAUAACAGAC